GCUAUCCGCAGGACAAGUUCACCUUGUACACCUUGACGAGAGAAAGCAGUAGCAAGAAUACUGGGAGGAAGAAUUAGUCCAUGAUUAGGGUAGGGGGUCUGUUUUUGUUUUGGGACAAAGCAUGCAAGUUGCAUUUCUUUUGGAUCACAGAAGAAAAGGAAUUUCUUUAGGAUGUUCUGAACUGUGACAACCAUAAACCAAUAUCCAAAGGGUGAGUGAAUAAACUGCGGACACAGGGCAGCCAGCGUUAUAUAUCUUGACCAUGGCAUUCAUGCUAAAGUACAUGAUGGGAAACUCCAUGAAGAAUUUAGGAAACAACCUUAGUGGGGAAACAGAGACACAGGAGGCUCCGGACGGAAAAGAGACGGCACAAUCCAAAGGCAUGACAAGAGAAGAGUUUGAAGAGUAUCAGAGACAGCUGGUGGAGGAGAAGUGAGUGCCAUUUACUGUAACAUGCAUAUACAAACACGAAAAAAUUACUAGAUGUGUACAGAUAGAUAUUAUUUGUUUGACAAUAACUAAGGAUGCAAAACAAUGAAGUGAAAAUAAUUCCUUUGAGGGAUUUCAGAGUGAUGAGACUGGAUGUCAGGUGUUUUAUGAAUAUCUCCAGAUGGCUUUAAUUUCCCCCGAUGAGGACGUCAUGAUUACAUACAAUUAUAUUUUCUAUAUUAUAUGACAUUUAAAAUAAAAUAAAAAAGAUUUAUUGAAUUCGUUCCACGGCAGCUGGAGUACCAGAAAUUGUUACUUGCGAUUCCAGCUGCUGUUGGAGGGAGUACUAACAUAUACACAGACACAUAUACACAAAAUCACCACAUGCACACACACACAUGUACACACAAACACGCACAUUCUCACAAAUGCUCCAGUUCUUUUUUUUCUUAAUGCAGUAACUGGACCUACAUGUUCCGAGCUACUUGAAUUAUGUUUCUGGGCAGUAGGUGCAAAUCACAGCUACUGCUACUUAGUCUGUAGAAUUAAUGAUGGCAGCUAGGGAUUAUGAUUGCUGCCCAGGCAUGCAACUCCCAUUAGUCACAACAGCUAAGUCCUGAUGCUGCACUAGGCAUAACACACCCCUCGAUUUAAAGUGUGGCAUCACUCUAUGGCAGUGGUUCCCAACCCAGUCCUCGUGGAACCCCUACCAGUCCAGGAUUCAGGGAUUACCCAGUUGUAUCUAAGGUGUUUUUAGAAAAAAAGAAAAUAAAACACCUUGUACACAACAGAGUGAUCCCUAAAUCCUGGACUGGUAGGGGUUCCACGAGGACUUGUUUUGGAACCACUGCUCUAUGGUAUACAGCAGAGGUUCCUAACCCAGUCCUUGAGUACCCCCAAACAAUCCAGCAUUUAGGGAUUACCCAGUUCUGUCUAAGGUGUUUUUAGAAAGAAAGAAAAAAAAAACCUUUAGACACAACAGGGUAAUCCAUAAAUCCUGGACUGGUAGGGGGUACUUGAGGACUGGGUUGGGAACCACUGCUGUAUACAGGAAAUUAAAAUAUCUGCAUGUUUAUUUGGUGGAUGUUUAUGAACAAAAUAGAUAUGCCAUUUUUAUACAUUGUCAAAUUGUUUGACAUCUGUUAUAUAUUUGAUUGUGCAUGUACACAUGAGGCGUAAUUAGAAACCACCAGGCCCAGGUGCGAAAAUUGCCCUGGGACCCCCCCAUGUGUCUCGUUCCCUCCUCCCCAGCCCCUACAUGUGUCUCAUACCCUCCCCCAGCCCCUAAAUGUGUCUCAUUCCUGCCUCCCAACACCUCCAUGUGUCUCAUUUCCCUCUAAGUGUAUCAUUUCCUCCCACCCAGCCUCUCCAUGUGUCUUAUUCCUUCCCCCAGACUCUACAUAUGUCUCAUCCCCCCCAAGUGUCUGAUUUCCUCCCACCCAGUCCCUUAAUGUUUCUCAUUCCCUCCCCCCAAGCCACUCCAUGUGUCUCAUUCCUCCCCCAGCUUCCCAUGUGUCCCAUUCCCCCUAGCCUCCAAUGUGUCUUAUUUCCACCCAAGUACCUUCAUGUGUCUCAUUCACCCCAAGUGUCUCACUCAUAGGCGUGCGCAGCCUACAGUAUAAGGGUGUGCACCCUAAAGCACAAACACACACCGCGUAUAUAUAUAUAUAUAUAUAUAUAUAUAUGUAUAUAUAUACACACACACUGCUCAAAAAAUAAAGGGAACACAAAAAUAACACAUCCUAGAUUUGAAUGAAUUAAAUAUUCUUCUGAAAUACUUUGUUCUUUACAUAGUUGAAUGUGCUGACAACAAAAUCACACACACAUUAAAAAAUUGAAAUCAAAUUUUUCAACCCAUGGAGGUCUGGAUUUGGAGUCACACUCAAAAUUAAAGUGGAAAAACACACUACAGGUUGAUCUAACUCUGAUGUAAUGUCCUUAAAACAAGUCAAAAUGAGGCUCCGUAGUGUGUGGCCUCCACGUGCCUGUAUUACCUCCCUACAACGCCUGUGCAUGCUCCUGAUGAGGUGGCGAAUGGUCUCCUGAGGGAUCUCCUCCAAGACCUGGACUAAAGCAUCUGCCAACUCCUGGACAGUCUGUGGUGCAAUGUGACAUUGGUGGAUGGAGCGAGACAUGAUGUCCCAGAUGUGCUCAAUUGGAUUCAGGUCUGGGGAACGGGCGGGCCAGUCCAUAGCAUCAAUGCUUUUGUCUUGCAGGAACUGCUGACACACUCCAGCCACAUGAAGUCUAGCAUUGUCUUGCAUUAGGAAGAACCCAGGGCCAACCACACCAGCAUAUGGUCUCACAAGGAGUCUUAGGAUCUCAUCUCGGUACCUAAUGGCAGUCAGGCUACCUCUGGCGAGCACAUGGAGGGCUGUGCGGCCCCCCAAAGAAAUGCCACCCCACACUAUUACUGACCCACUGCCAAACCGGUCAUGCUGGAGGAUGUUGCAGGCAGCAGAAUGUUCUCCACGGCGUCUCCAGACUCUGUCACGUCUGUCACAUGUGCUCAGUGUGAACCUGCUUUCAUCUGUGAAGAGCACAGGGCGCCAGUGGCGAAUUUGCCAAUCUUGGUGUUCUCUGGCAAAUGCCAAAUGCCCUGCACGGUGUUGGGCUGUAAGCACAACCCCCACCUGUGGAUGUCAGGCCCUCAUACCACCCUCAUGGAGUCUGUUUAUGACUGUUUGAGCAGACACAUGCACAUUUGUGGCCUGCUGGAGGUCAUUUUGCAGGGCUCUGGCAGUGCUCCUCCUGUUCCUCCUUGCACAAAGGCGGAGGUAGCGGUCCUGCUGCUGGGUUGUUGCCCUCCUACGGCCUCCUCCACGUCUCCUGAUGUACUGGCCUGUCUCCUGGUAGUGCCUCCAUGCUCUGGACACUACGCUGACAGACACAGCAAACCUUCUUGCCACAGCUCGCAUUGAUGUGCCAUCCUGGAUGAGCUGCACUACCUGAGCCACUUGUGUGGGUUGUAGACUCCGUCUCAUGCUACCACUAGAGUGAAAGCACUGCCAGCAUUCAAAAGUGACCAAAACAUCAGCCAGGAAGCAUAGGAACUGAGAAGUGGUCUGUGGUCACCACCUGCAGAACCACUCCUUUAUUGGGGGUGUCUUGCUAAUUGCCUAUAAUUUCCACCUGUUGUCUAUCCCAUUUGCACAACAGCAUGUGAAAUUGAUUGUCACUCGGUGUUGCUUCCUAAAUGGACAGUUUGAUUUCACAGAAGUGUGAUUGACCUGGAGUUACAUUGUGUUGUUUAAGUGUCCCCUUUAUUUUUUUUGAGCAGUGUGUGUAUAUAUAUAUAUUUAUAUAUAUAUAUAUAUAUACACACACAUACACAUACAUAUAUACACACACACACACACACAUAUACUGCUGUGUGUGUGUGUGUGUGUGUGUGUGUGAGGGUGUUGUGUGUGUGGGCGCUGUGUGUGCGCGAGCGCCGUGUGUGCGCGUGAAGGCGCUGUGUGUGCGUGAGGGCGCUGUGUGUGAGGGCGCUCUAUGUGUGUGUAAGGAUGAUGUAUGUGUGUUUAAGGGUGAUGUAUAUGUGUGUAAGGGUGCUGCAUGUGUGUAGGUGAUGUUAGUGUGUUUAUGUGUAAGGGUGCUGUGUGUAAGGGUGCGGUUAGUGUGAGGGUGCUGUUAGUGUGUGUGGAAGGGUGAUGUAUGUGUGUGGGGGCCGUUUAGUUAAUACCCCCCUCCCUUCUUACCUUAUGUAGGGAGGGGGGACCGUGCUGCUGCCAUCUCUGGUGGUCCAGUGGUGAGUGAACUCUAGCCCCGCAGCCUGCGGAGCUAGAGUUCACUCUUGCGAGAUCUGAGCACUGCCGCAGCAACGCUUCGACCUCGCGAGAGUAACCUGGCGGAGCUGCUGGCAAGAGUUCCCCGGGUCCUCUCCUGCUUCCCUCCCUGCCUGUGGGUCGGUGAGGGAGUUCUUUGAUCAUACCUGGCACAUGCCUAUGGCCUCACUUCCUCCACCCAAGCCCCUGCAUGUGUCCCUUUCCUUCCCCUCCAGGUGUCUCAAUCCCCCCAAGCCCUUUAUUGUGUCCCAUCACCCCCCCAAGCCCCUCUGUGUGUUCAUUGCCCCUCCAAUCGUCCAAUUGCCUCCUACAUCCCAGCCACUCCAUAUGUCACAUUGUCUGUACCCCCAGGCCCCUGCAUGUGUCUCUCGCCUCCCUCUUGUACCUGGUCACUGCAGCGAUGACAUAGAUCAGACAGGAAGUGCUCUCUCGGUGAGCAUUUCCUGUGAAACUGCGGUGCUCUGCCGCACUACACACAGCAGCAGGAGAGAAGCUGCACAGCUCUCCCCUCCUGCUGACCACCCUGGGACCGCGCGCCUCUGGCCGGUGCGGCAGUGCACUGGCCCUGAAGGUAUGUUGGUGGCCCACAGUCGCAGGGGUCGCAGCGGCGGCCGGGCCCCCUGGAAUGACAAGCGAAGUCGCGAUUGCAAUCCCUGCAACCAUGUUAGUCACACCACCGUGCAUGUAUACAUAAAUCACACCACAAUUUUAUUAACCAUCAACUCUUUGAGACUAUUUUUAUAUUCAAAAUAGACUCCAAUAUAAUGCACAUUUCCAAAUCCACAUUUCGUUUAAUAUCUCUCCAGGUUUGUGUAAAAGAUAGUGUUUAUUUUUGUAUGUCAUAGUAAAAUUGCUGUAUAUAAAUGACUAAGGUUGAGCCUUGUGUUUGUGUAGCGCAAUAACAUAAAUGUGUGUAUGCAGGAUUGAGAGAGAUCAUGUCUUUGCACAAAAGAAGGCAGAACGGGCAACAGUCAGGAUGCAUAUGAGGGACAAAUACAGACUACAACAGGUAAGGAUUAAGACCAAGCUUGGUGUGUUAUUAUUAAUAAUGUAUUCAUUACUUUUCUAUAAAUAUAUGAUUAUUCACUUCAGUACCAUCUUUAAAAUCAAUGGUUCUCUGAGAUAACCUGUGUUUGUGGCCGCCACAAGCCACCCACCCCUCUGCGCACACAGAAAAGCCCAAAGACAGACAAACAUGGUGAAGCACAGUGAGAAAUGCACAAAGACAUAAACAUAUAUAUUACAGCACAGUCUUACACUCAUACAAAAGAAUGGACAUAUAGACAAACAUAAUGCAACACAGUCACAUACACACUCAUAGACACACAGUACAGAACAGCCAAGCAACUACAGACACAGUAACACUCAACAUACAGCACAGUCACUGUGUAUAUAUGUAAAGGCACAGACACACAUACUACAGCACAGUCAUGCACACACAAAAAGCAAAGAGGUACACACAGAAAAUCAUAUACACGGGGCAAACUGAAUUUCCUUACCAACUAGACAGAGAACACAUUCUUACAGAGCUCUUGGCACAUUCUUUACUUUAUUUUUUUUCCCCUAUGUCCUUUUUUAAACCCCCAUUGCCCUGUAUUUAAUCCUGUGUUGCUUUUUGACAUGAGAGAGACAUUAAUUUGCCUGAAUGACACCCUGCCAUGGGUCACAAUGGCAUUAACAGGCAACCUAGCCUCCAAUGAGCUAUUAGUGGUAAAAAAAAAUUCUACAUAUGCAGAAUAUUGGUAAUGCAGGAUAAAUUGAUUUUAAUUGUUCAUAUACUUUCUACAGUUAUAUAUUUACAACACAGUAACAAGAGAUGAGGGGCUACGUAUUGUGGAACAAAAUCAAGGAUGAGGUUUAAUAGACAAGUUGUAAUAUUUUUUUUUAUAUUUUUACUAGCAAAACAUGUUUAUUUUAUCCAUAAUGUUGCAAUGCCUAAAGCAUUGCACACAUUUUUACAUAUACAAAAAGGGUUUAUAUAUUUCGGCAUUGUAUUGCAUGUAUUUGCUGGGCAUACCUAAACAUAGAAGUACAGAGAAGGAAGAUACGCAAAGAGGAAAAAUGUAAAGUCAGAGUUUGUCUAGGGUACAAGAAUUGGAAGGACUUUAUUCUGAACACUACGGAUAUACAGAAAAUAAUGGAAAUAUAACAGUAUAGCAUGGAAAAUAAAAACAUUGCAAGGCUCAUUCAGAGAUUCAUUGAUAUGUCAUUACUGUUUAAUCAGUGUAUUAUGUUGUUUUAUUACAAUCUUAGCAGCCCUUGAGGAAGUGGCAUUGUUUUGGUGACAAAAUGCGUUGGGCUGUAUGACAUUGGUACCAAGAUUCCCAUUACAGAAGAUGUGCUUUUAAAAAUACGUUUUAAUGUACAUAUAAUAAAUGCGUCUGUGCUUUUGCACAUGCAAGCAUCAAUUUAUUGGAGGUAUAUUCCUGAAUCUUCAUACUGAAACAGUAUCAUAUGUUCAAUGCUAUUUUCAUUCAUGCAUUUGUGAAUGCAUUAUUACCUCUUAAUUUGUUUGGUUUAAUUCUUCCAUAUGACUUGCUGUAUUCAGAACACUUUGAUAAAUAUCCCCCAUUGUAUUACUAUCCCCAGAUCCUCACCUGACAUACCAGUAAGGUAAAAGGGACACAAUUUAUGAUGGCAGCCAUUUUCGAAUCCUGAAAGUAUGAGUCCUGACUCCUGUCAGUGUAAGGCACCAUGACUUAUUGAUAUCCCACUUCUGUACUAAGGAGUAUCCACACACUUCUAGGCUCUGUAACAUUAAAUAAUACUGACAAAACUUUAUAUGGAGAAACAUGUACUCACUGAUAUAGUAGACCACAAAUCAGGGCUUUCCCCGCAUUUGUAUACAUUCGGCCCAGAGAUGUCUACUUUUCAAAAUCUAUACUUUUAUGUGAUGGUUUAGUGUUCUGUACCUGCUAUUGAAACUACAUGUGCUUAUCAUAACAAGUUUUGAAAACAUUUAUGUUUGAAAGAGGGAAGCAUUCCUUCUAAAAUCAGAUUUACAACAUCUAAUCUUGUUGGUUAUUCUAUGAAUGACGUACUUUUCAAAAUAAGGAAAAAUACAUGGAUCUAUUUUGUGUUAGUUUUCUUAUAGUUAAAGUAAGUAGCUCAAAUUAUGGGAUGAACUUAAAAAGGAACACCCCAAGCGACAUAGCGGUGUAUGAUGCCAGACGUGCACUGGGCCUGCCCUAUUGUACUUUGUUAAAACUUUUUUAGUAAAAUUUUCUAGCGUUCCUGGGUCCCAGAGGCACAUUUAAUACAGUUGUUUACCAGGAACCUCAGCCAGUGAGCGCGGUCCUGCAUGGCUAGGCGUAGCUCAGAAGACCUAACCAGAUUUCCCUAAAGGAGACACCUGGUGGUAGGGGAUCCAGCCCGGGUGCCUUGCAGGACUCGAGUAAGUUGUCAGAACAUGCCAGGCUGUAGUGAUUAUGCUGCUUGGAGUGUUAAUUUACAAAAGAAAAUAGUUUUUCAGUAUUUCUAAAUAUUAUUCUUACUAAAUCGGGCAUUAAUGGCAUUAAAAAUUAUUCAUGGGUUUCUUUAGGUGAUAUCAUGUGUGCUGUCCAUGUGAAUAGGACUUACAAAAUGUAUAUUACACUCCCAAUCAGCAACUACGUUCAUUAGUUCAGCUCCUCCCCCAAUAGUGAUAUAUAUAUAUAUAUAUAUACACACACACAUGAAUAUGAUACAGUGAAUAGUGGGGCUCUGCAUCUCAGUGCAGCUCAUUGAUAUGGAUGUUCACUGCUGCUCAGGAUUGAUAGAGGACUUGGUCCCCCUGAUUGAGAUGUUGUUUUACAGAUACUAUAAGGAUAUUUACCUAAGCUAUGGUGUAUAUAGCAACAUGGAUGAUUUGUAUGGAUAUAUGGGAAAUUGGGAAAGGGAGCAAUCUGAGACAAGGAAUCAGGAGUGAGUGUCACGGGCAAGAGAAUAAAGGAAGGUACAAAAUUAAAAUAUGACAGAUAAAAAGAUAAAUGGGAUCAUAGAGACUAGAGCAGGAGUAUUGUUAUAAAGAGAAAUUAGAGAAAAGGAUAAAUUAAUUCCAAAAAUUCUGUAAAAAGACCUAGAAGAUGGGUAGCCAGGAAAAGACUGGGACAGACAGAAUGGGGGAGAACUGUGUGAGGAAGGCUUUGUACAGGUGUAGAAACAUAGAAUGUGACGGCAGAUAAGAACCAUUCAGACCAUCUAGUCUGCCCAAUUUUCUAAAUACUUUUAAUUAGUCCCUGGCCUUAUCUUAUAGUUAGGAUAGCCUUAUGCCUAUCCCACGCAUGUUAACCUCUACCACUUCAGCUGGAAGGCUAUUCCAUGCGUGUAGUUUCUAGAAGCACCUGGGGCUUGAACCAAAAGAGAACAAUGGCCCCUAGACUAACAGAGAGGUGUUAUGACAUAUCCAAAGCUUUCUGUGGUAUGUCUCCUCUUCUCUACCCAUAAACAGCGUGCACAAUGUAAGCAUAGCCAAGUAUUCAAUGUUAUCCCACCAUACUACCUAACUAACCGAUGGGCAUUCAGCAAAGUUCUGUCCCCCAACAACUACUUCCAAGCGCCACUUGGGGAGCACCAGCCCAUCUCUUUUUUUUGGUAGACUGGCGAUGUAAUAUCCCACGGAUCUUUCUUUUUACAAUAGUCGGCUAAUAACCUCCUGCUCCCUCCACCAACUAUAGAAAUCCUGGGCUAAAGACUCGCACAUCCAGGGCUUCAGCCCUCCAACACUCCCUAGCAGUGCCAAUUGCUCUGUGUGUGAGUCUUCAUUAUUUUAUUUUUUUAUCCUUUAGAUUCCUGUAUAUGGUCAUACCAGGUUCACCUUAAGAUAGAACCUAAAGCAGAUCUAUAAUUUAUCAUAAAUAUGCACUGCAUAUCUAUUUUCUGUAUAAGUUGCCACCAUUGUCACCAUUCUCCGAGGUCUGUGGAUGUUAAACUAAAUAAUUACAAGGGAAUAGCACUGUGAUGGGAACAGGAGAUUCGUUUGUAGGUGGAUUUGCCUGCUUUGCCCUGUCAUUAGAAACAUAGAAACAUAGAAUGUGGCGGCAGAUAAGAACCAUUCGGCCCAUCUAGUCUGCCCAAUUUUCUAAAUACUUUCAUUAGUCCCUGGCCUUAUCUUAUAGUUAGGAUAGCCUUAUGCCUAUCCCACGCAUGCUUAAACUCCUUUACUGUGUUAACCUCUACCACUUCAGCUGGAAGGCUAUUCCAUGCAUCCACUACCCUCUCAGUAAAGUAAUACUUUCUGAUAUUAUUUUUAAACCUUUUUCCCUCUAAUUUAAGACUAUGUCCUCUUGUGGUAGUUUUUCUUCUUUUAAAUAUAGUCUCCUCCUUUACUGUGUUGAUUCCCUUUAUGUAUUUUUGUCAAUCUUUAUUUUAUUGAAGCAUUGUGAAUUUGUUACAGAAAGGAAGAAAAGAAAGAAUAUAUAUCAGCGAGUAUACACUUACAUGUAUUAGCCAGUGACAUUGACAUACAUUCUUAUGAGUGACUGCUUCAUUUUAUGUUUAAAGGAUUUAUGCUAAGCGUGACAGGUGCAGGGCAUUAGAGUGUUCUGCACUUUUGUGGUGCAGUAUUAAACAGUGCAAGAUACGUCUAGCAUGUCUGGUGGCAUUUUUGACGGUCGAUAUCGGUUAUCGGAUAUAAAGUUAGGUCCCAGACAUGCGGCUCUAACCAACAUUAUCAAUUAUAAAACUUGCUUUCAGUAAUAGUGACAUCACAUAAAUAAUCGUUGUGGACUAUGCGUAACUACAUUUAAUCCUCCUCUAUUUUUGCUUUUGUUGGUGGCUGGACUACACAGUUACUAGGUAUAAACAUACUUCAGAUCGCUAUUUAACUCAAAAGAAAUAUCUCUGCUUCAGGUUAGCAACUUAAGAAGCACAAUUACUCUGGUUGCUAGCAGGGAAAUGAAACAAUAAAAAAUAAUAGAAAGUACAACUGCAAACAAACAUGAGUGGGAUUGUCUUGUCUUCGAAGUGUGAGGGCAAGACAUGGUUCGGAGGCAUAUAUAUGUGUAGGCAGGUGUGGGAAGAGUUCCCACACAGAGUCUGCUGCAGGCCUCAUGAAGAAAGUCUCGUAUCAACCUACCCCCUUACUCUGGAGCGGUGCAUUGUCGGUGAGGUGUGCCGCAAGGAAGUAAGUAUAGCACGGGAGAGUCCACCUGCAGUUAAAACAAAAAAAAAUUGGUGGUAGUCUGAAAAUCGUCCAUAGGGCAUUUCAUCACAGAUAUUUUUUGUCCACGCAAAUACUUGGGAAAAUGAUUCAGUAGAAUAGAAAAGGGUGCACAAAUGGGCCAACCAGUGUUCUGCAAAAUAUAAAUAUUAUAUAUUUAACCAGUUCCUGAUGUUAGGGAAUGCUAUGCCGUCCUACAAGACGACCCCUAUGGCGUUUUUUAAACACGCUGGACAUCUUUAUGCAAUGCAUGGGGAUGUCCAGCAUAGUUUCACAGAGUCAGACUCCCUGAAACUGCAUUAAUUGCCUCUAGUGCCUGUCUUGGAGACAGUCACUAGAGGCAGGUUUAAUAAGCAAUGUAAACAUUGCAGUUUCUUUCAAACUUUAUCUCAAUGUUUUACAUUGCAUGGUUAAGGGAACAGGGACAGUGAACCCAGAUCACUUCAAUUAGAUGGUCUGGAGUUAAAUAUAAAUAACAUAUAUAUUGGUCAAUUCUCACUUGAUCUGGUUGUUCCUAUCAAUCUUUUUUUUUUUUUUUUUUUAUCAUCAAUCAUCUCUUUGUUUUGGAUUCCACGGAGGGAACUCCAAAUCACUAAACAAAUGAACAUAUUCCUCCGUUGUCCAGCUUGUUUUUUCGCGAUAAGUUUAUAUGGUGAACAAAGAAGCUGGACAAUGGAGGAAUAUGUUAAUUUGUUCAUAUGGCACUUCAGAGUUAUGAAAUUUGGAUGACCCACCAAUCACCCUAAGUGUGGACAAAUCCCAUUUAAUUUAAAACCAAAUGCACAAGUCUAUUUGUUAAUAUACUUGCUAGCUCAAUGUAGAUGAUGGUUAUGCUCUUCAAAAAGUAAGCAUGGUUGAGUGUACCCAAGACUAGCAUGCUAUAAUAUAGAUCGAGAUUACUUUUAAUGAGAUCACUUUUAAUGAGUACACUAAAUUUUGUCCUAUCCAGACCUAAUGGAAUUUUGUUCCUCUUUCAGAGUGAGAAGGACGAUGCCCAGUUACAGAUGGUAGGAGGUGACGUAGAUCUUCCAGAAGACCUGGCUAAGAUGGUGCAGGAGGAUGAGGAAGAAGAAGAAGAGCAGAACUCAUUCAUGUCCAUGAUACCGGAAUUGGACAUUGAUGCCCUGAAAACACGAGCUCAAGGGACAAUCACAGAGGUCAAGAGAGUGGCAGAGGAGAAGUGUAACGUCAUGUGACUACCCAUCAACUCAACAAUGGACUAUCAAGAACUGACGAUGCGGAGUAAGAGACAUUCUCAUGAGAGAGAAUUUCCAUCGAUCCUUAGAAUUUUACAGAAUACCAAUAAAUGCAAACAGAUAGCAGUCUAACAAUCUAUUAACAUACAGAAAAUGCUUAAAGAGACAAUCUAAGCACCAAAACCAAUUCAACUUAAUGAAGCCAGUUUGUUGUGUAUGUCAUGGCCCUGCAGUCUCAGUUCUCUGGCAUUUAGGAGUUAAAUCACUAUUGUGUUGUUUAUGCAGCCCUAGCC